GAAUCAUGUACUGUAAAUGCUUAGUCAAGGUCCCACCCACUGAAGUAUGACGGCUAUUUCCGGUAUUUAAGAACGUUGGGUCACGUGUACAGCCAUGUUGAUAAACAGGAAUACAGUCGCCCCCCGCACCGUUCACUGCUCGAAGCCCGUUUUUUCCAGGUUCUCUGUGCAUCACUUGCUCAUACAGCUAAAGCGAACAGGUACUGUCGUCUUUAAUAAACAUAUUUGUUAGUUUGUGGGGAUGCUUUGGAGUGUAGAUACGGCGUUCUCUCCGCCUCGAUAGACAUCUCUGCCACAUGAAGAAAUAGAACCGAAAAUCCUACAAAGAGGAAGGCGACAUCAUGCGUAAUGUGUCUGCUGCUGCCUGCCCGAGCGAAAACGACACAAAAGAUGAAUCGGACGGGCUGGUAGAGCAGCUGAAACCCAUACAUCCCGAGAGGCUGAGGGGCACGGCAGGCUGCGAGACAUGGAGCGUGGCCUUUUCACCAGGUGGAACGUUCUUCGCGUGGUCAAUGGGCUAUGGGGUGGUGAAGGUGCUUUCGUGGCCUCUGCCAGGCGGCGAAGAAGGACAUGAUCGAGAUGGCUGUCAAACGGAUAAAGCCCCUGAAAGGACUUUAAAUUGUGGCCAUACAGUGUGGGGUCUAGCGUUUGGACCACAUCCGAAAAACCGGCCCGGUGCCAUAUGUCAGGCCAGUGAUAGCAUUGAUGACGACGUUCAAAGGUUGCUUCUUGCCACCGGACUCAACAAUGGCAUUAUCAAGAUCUGGCGAGUUGCAACCGGUGAGGCAGUGUUUAAUCUUGAAGGCCAUCAGUCUGUUGUCAGAGAACUGGUCUUCCCACCCAAUGGAACACUAACAUUGGUGUCCGGCUCUAGAGAUGGGACCCUGAGAAUAUGGGACCUAGAAACAGGCAAAACGCGGCAUACAUUGAGGAGCCGUGGAGGUUGGGUGGUGUGCUGCAGGGUGGCUCCAGACUGCAGUAUGAUUGCCUCAGUCAGCAGCUCAGACAACAGAGUUAGUUUGUGGAGUCUUCGCUCCUACACCUUCAUGAAGGGCCUGGCUGUCCACAGGCAAAGAGCCGUGUCGGCCUGCGACUUCUCCCCUGACGGAGGGAUGCUGGCUGUGGGCUCGUCGGACCCUCAAGCCUCCGCUGGCUGGAGGGUGGACCUCUGGGACCCCUACACCACUGAGCUCCUGGCUACACUACAGGACUGCUGUAACUGUGAACCUUUUAUGGCUCCCAAUUCUGUGAAGACACUGUGCUUUUCCCCUGAUGGGCUGAGCUUGGCUGUGGUUGCAGACCACAGAGCACUGAGACUAUGGGAACUGGGUCAGAACACGUUUGCGAUGGAGACGGACCUAACUGGAUUUCACAACGAGCUGUGCUGCACUUUUCAUCCACAUGGGGGCAUCAUUGCUACAGGGACAAGAGAUGGUUACGCUAGAUUCUGGAAGGCGAAGUCACCCGUCCUCAGCCUCAGCCACUUGUGCCGUGCCGUCCUGCGCUACUCUGUCUCAACUCCUCAGAUACAAGCCCUCCCCAUUCCUCAGAAACUUCUAGAAUUCCUCACCUACAGGGACCUCCCCAAAACACAAGAGGCGUACUGCCAAGCCCACUGGAGAUAACACUUCAGGGAUACAGUUCUUGAAGCCAUAGUUGCUACCCAUGUUAGCUACUUUGUUGUUUGCAAUGCAAUUUCCCAUUGACAACUAUCCAAGUUGCUAACUAGCUAACAACUAUGCUUUCUAGAAACGCACCCCAGAUCUCACUGAGCAGUGACAUUCAUGGAGUAUUCCGGUAUGAAUCAGAAUCAAUAGUCAGUAUUCAGUUUAAAACAAGUUCCUGAAUAUUCUAUGAACCUGUGUGAAAGCAUCCUACAGCUGUAAAAUUCCUGUCACACAACCCCAUUUGAGUGAAUAAAGAGUUUACAAGACACGUGCAAACCGAAACACAAGUCACCAUUGUGUUUAAAAAUCAGAAUACUCCGCGCAUGUAACUACACUCACUGAUCUGUAACAACACUGACGCUUGAUGUAUAAAAAAAAUCUAUUUAUUUAUUACUUCUGAUGAAUGUAUGUAUGCUUUACACAAAUGAUUCUGUACAUGUGUUAAAUGUGACUUUGUCCAGGUCUGUUCUGCCGUUUCUAUUGGCAAGAUUGCUGUUUACAAAUAAAAUGCUGUUUAGAAAGUUUACUGUCUAAAGCUGAGGGCAAAGAUCCAAUGACCAAAGUGUUUCUUGCUAAUUUAUGAAGCUUCACUGACCACCAGGUCUCUGACGGCUUGAAAAGCUCCAACCAUUGAGCUCAGCUGAAUCUUCUCACUGGUCCCUGAAGCCAGACGAUACCUUUCAAGAAAAGAAAAAAAAGACCAUUUUCAACACAUAUAUUGCAUUGAAUCACCAACAUGACUUACGGACAGAUAAGAAACCAUUAUUUAGGGGAAAAGGGGAGGAGAGAAAUCCACUCACUCGAUAUCAGCCAGCUUGAUGAGUAACCCCAUUCGAAUAGUAGGAGGGAAGUCAACUGAAAAGAAACCAUUCAGAAGUGAAUUAAGAGUGUUUGAUUCAAUAGCCAACACUCUAAAUACUAUGCUGACCAGAGGGGUGGGCGAUAUGACUAUUAUAUCAUAAAUCAUGAAAUUGAUUACAAGAUAGAGUAUCAUAGCGAUGUCUACUAACUUGCUUUCACU